AUACAAAAGAAGAAGAGAGAGAGAGAGAGAAGAAAAAAAAAAAGAAAAGAGAAAUUAAAAUAAUAGCAGCGAGGGAUCGAGCUAAACACAAAACGAAGCGGAGCUGAAAUAAUAGCAAAUCCAGAAGAAGGGAAAGCUCGAAAGGAUGGCAAAUGCACUCUAAAUAAACACAGAAAUUAAGAAAAUAGAAAGUAGAGGGAGGAAGCCAAAAAGAAUCGAGGCAGCGAGCAAUCCAACCCAAACCCAAACCCAGACCCCGACCCCCCCCAACCAACAACUGAGUGGCACUCGAUUUCUCUGCAAUUGGUCAAGCAAGUUUGUCUAAGUGAUUUUAUUUACGGUUCGUGCUGUUCCGCUUGAGACGAGGCAGGGGCUGUUGUUUCUUUCUUUUGCUUUUUCAAGUUCGGUGAUACCGACUUUAGGGUUUUGAUUUGUUCUUUGCUUUAUUCAAUUCGGCUUUGUUUAGUAGGGUUUCUGGUAACCACUCAACUGGAGUUUGAUCCCUAGGGUUUUGGUUCUCCGAAGAUGAGAUUUGGGUUUGCAUUGUAUGGUUUCUCCGUGGGCCAAUUUAGGGAUGUUUGGAAACUGAAAUAACCCUAUCCACCUUGGGAAUUGUGAGUUCUUUUUGCCUUUCUUUUUCUGGGAUUUCGUCCUUGCUGUUUUACUCUCAAUAUGCAGAGAUUGAGAGUUUGAUUUGCAUUGUAUGGUAUGCAAAUUGGUGAUUUUGGACUUGUUUGGUGGUGGAGAAAGCUGUAAAUUGGGGUGGAAUUGGGUUUCAGUGGUUUUGUAGUUCUGUGAAUGGUGUAGGAAUCUGCUUAUUGAGCAAUGCAACCGCAGCAGGGCUCUAGAAUUGAUUUAGGCGAAUUGAAAGCUCAGAUAGUGAAGAAGAUUGGGGCUGAGAGGUCAAAAAGGUAUUUUAGUAAUUUGAGUAGGUUUUUAAGUCAGAAGCUCAGUAAAAGUGAGUUCGAUAAGUCAUGCUACCGCAUUCUUGGGAGGGAGAACCUGCCACUUCAUAAUCAGUUGAUACGAUCAAUCUUGAAAAAUGCAUGCCAGGCUAAGACUCCGCCACCAGUUCAUGAAGCGGGUCCCGCAAAAUCUUUGAUACAAACUGUGAAAAGUUUUCCUGGUAGAGAAGAUGGACAUGAACAAACUGGAUCCCUUGUUCCCAAUCAGAAUCCAAAUAUGGUCAGUUGGUCAAAUGGGGUUUUGCCAGUAUCGUCCCCACGAAAGGUUAGGUCUGGAAUACGGGAUAGAAAGCUCAGGGAUAGGCCCAGCCCGUUGGGGCCAAAUGGUAAAGUUGAGAGUGUCUCACUUCAAUCAAUGGGUACGGAAGACAAUGGCAAUAAAUUGGGUAUAGAAAAUGGGGGUUUGACUCCAUAUGAUUAUCAAAGACCAGUGCAACAUCUUCAAGCAGUUGCCGAGCAACUUGAAAUUGAAAGAGAAGGUUUAGUGCGAUCCACAGAAAAACCGAGGGUGCCUACUAAGGAUCAGACUGAAGGAGCCAUUGUUGAAGAUGGGGAGGAGGUGGAGCAAGCUAACCACAUUAAUCUCUCUAGAAGUCCUCUGCUCGCACCACUUGGGAUUCCAUUUUGCUCCGCUAGUGUUGGUGGGACCCGCAAAGCUAUACCAUUGGUUAGCAGUGGCGACUUCAUUAGCUACUAUGACAGUGGCGGUUUGUAUGACACUGAGACAUUGAAGAAACGUAUGGAGCAGAUUGCGGCAGCGCAGGGCCUUGGAGGGGUUUCUGUGGAAUCUGCUAGUAUGUUGAAUAACAUGUUGGAUGUAUACUUGAAGAAACUGAUCAGGUCAUGUGUUGAUUUGGCGGGAUCAAGGUCUACACAUCAGUUGAGAAAGCACUCUGCCCACAAGCAGCAGCCUCAAGGCAAGCUUGUUAAUGGGAUGUGGCCAAGUAAUCACUUGCAUAUGCAGAGUAGCUCUGGGCCUGCAGAAGUUAUGCAGGAACAGGGGCAGCGGUGCUCAAUAUCUUUGCUUGAUUUCAAAGUGGCAAUGGAGCUAAAUCCCCAGCAGCUGGGUGAAGAUUGGCCAUUGCUGCUGGAAAAAACUUGUAUGCAUUCGAUGGAAGAAUGAAAUAUCCUACAAAGAUUUGUUUAUCCUGAAGCUGUGAUUGCAUCUGUCCAUUCUGGUUCAAUGUGCUUGACAAAUGUUGAACACUGAAGCUCCCACGUCUUCUCCAUUACCGACACGAACCAGAUGGCAGCCACUCGGAUAAAUCUCUGGCCCUUGCAAGAUGAAAUUAUGAGUUUGAGUGUCGGAAUGUCUGUACUCCUGCUGCAGAGCCAGGAUGGAUCAGAAAAUUAUUUUUGAGCAACUGAGCUAAGGUGCUUAACAAGGAAGUGCUUAUAACUGGUUGCUCUGUUGUACGAUUAGCAUUGUUGUUGGCUGUCUUCUGCCAUCUCAACAGAUCUCAAGCUUUUCUUGUAAUUUACAGCCAAUGAGGAGGAAAUCUAUUAAAGUUUUGCAGGGAUACUGUUUUGUAGCUUGGUGAAAGGUAAAAUUACUUAUGUGAGAGCUGCAGCAUUGCUCUGUAUGUAAUUUUAAAAUCUGAGAAUUGAUUGAAUUCCAAUAUUAAUAACAAAUUGGCAUCCAUUAAAUUGUCCAUGGUGGUUUAUUUUAGAUGUUUCUGCUAAAUGACCCCUGAAAGAUCUAUUUGCUUAGCUCUGAUGCCAUGCUCUUGUGGAGUUUCUGACGUGCUGAUUUGGUGGCAUACAGUUUUCAUAUUGCUCAAACCACUGUUCUUGACUGUUGAUUAGAUAUGUAUGCAGUUGCAUGUUUCUUAAAUUUCAUUUAGCUAAUAUAUACAUGUGUGUGUGUGUGUGUGUGUGUGUACAUUUUUUGCUAAUCUAUUGGAGGAGUGAACAAUGUAGAGAGAAAAUAAAAAAACAGAAAGAAGAAGAAAAGAAACGAGAGGGAGGGAGAGAUGGAGAUAGAGAGAGACAUAUCCAACUAAAAAUUAAACAUGGCAGGUCUACAGCAUCAGUUGAUUUUCAAAAGUACUAUAUGGCUUGUUGAGUGACUUGGUAUCAGGCUAGUAAUAAAACAAAUUUUAUAGAGUUGCUUACUCUGAUCUUACAUAUGUCAAGCAGUUACUACACAUUGUUUGAAUCUGAAGCUGGCCAAACUUAAUUGAUCUUAAGCUCUAUAAGUUGGGAUAUUUUGGUCCCUGCAAAAGCAUCAUGCUAGGUUUUUUUGCAGAGUGCUUGCUAUUUUCAGCAAGUAUUCUGUGGACCAAAUCAUCCAAUCUGCAUUCUGAUGUCUGACUAUCUGGAACAGGAAAAGGGCAGUUGUAGAUGAAGAGGAUUGCUUGGUGACUAUAAGAAGUACAAGUUUCUCAACAUUGGAUGAGAAAUAUUCUGUACCAACAACCCUUCUCUCUUCAGUUGGAGUAGGCACUCUUACUUGCUACUGCUUACAAGAGCAUUUUUUCGACUUCACUCUGCUCUAGAUAUGAGAGCAAUAAUUUUGCAAUUGUACUUGAUGACAUGCAAACGCUAUCCUUUGUUGAGUUGUCCUUUAUUGUUGAGCAGUUUAUCAAUAAAAUGUUUUUGGAAUUCCAUUUUA